AUGUGCCGAGGGGGCCGCCUCGAUCCCGGGAGGCACCGAAAGGUGCUGAUGAAAACGGGGCUCAUCCUCCUCAUCGUCGGGCACCUCAACUUCAUCACCGGGGCCCUCGUCCACGGCACCGUCCUGCGCUUCGUGGGCACGGCCCGCGAUGCCACCUCCCUGCACUACGGCGUCGCCAACAGCGCCUCCGUCAUUGCUGCGCUGCUGACCAUCUCCUGUGGGGUCUCUGCCCUGCUGCUGUCCCGUUACCUCGGCCCUGCUGCCUUUAAAUGGGCGCUGCUCUCCCUGAGCGCCUGCAGCAGCCUGUGCUGCCUGUGCUGCCUGCUGGGGCUGCUCGUGGCCGUCGGGCUGACGCUGGGCAACCAGGGCCGGGUGCUGCUGGCCCCCUGCUCCACCGCCGGCAUCGCCCUGGCCCCGCUCUCCCGCGAGUGCCCCUUCGAUCCCACCCGCGUCUACAGCUCCACGCUGUCCCUCUGGGCCAUCUCCCUCCUGCUCGAGGCCGUGGAGAUCUUCUUCAGCAUCCGCUGCCUCCUGCUCGCCCUCGAGCUCCUCCGCCUCGGCCGCUGCUGCCGGGGGAUGCUGCGGAUGAAGGUCUCUUUGCCGCCAGCCCCUGUGGAGAGCCCCGGCCCCGGGCAGUGCCUGGGCUUGCUGAGACUGGACAGCGUGGAAAUUGCCCGCCUCUGA